AUGGCAGCCAUCCCACAUAGCCCAGACCGCUUGAGUGUCCCCGAGCUCAAGGAGCAGAUCCUGACAUUUACCAAUGUUCUCUCCACAACCAACAGCACCAUUCUCUACCCCAUCCUCCACGACGGACGCAACGGCCAACCUCCAGCAGCCAAUACUCUUCGCCCACCCCUCAGUGUCGUCACCGUCGCCUCCGGCGGGCAUAUCUGGGUGAAUGUCGUGUACGAGCUCUGGUCACGUCAACACGUCCUAUUUAGUGGUCCAGAGGCUACCUCGCAUCGUGGAGCUUAUGAGACACUGCUUCCGUUUACGGAUGGGAUAAUACACGCCAAGGGACAAGGCAACAACCCGUACUUUACGGUUGAAUCGGGGUUGACCCCGUGGCGCACUCCUUCGGGUGGGGUCUACAGCUCGAUCGAGCAGUAG